CAUUUCUUGAUCAGCUUAUAUGGUUUUACAUACAAGGCCAGGCCACUAAAGCAACCCGAAAAAUGGGGACCAACCAAGUGAUGAUGUUGCUACUACUCUUGCCUGUCUUCUACUACCAUGCCAUGGCUACAGCAUCCUCAGGUCGUCUUCCACAAACCGCCUUGCCUCUCGUUGAGUUGGAGCACAAGACCGUGGAAGCUAAAGGCGAGGUGAAACACCUUAGCAGCAACGAAAAUGGUGAAACUGUGAUUGCUCAUCAUGGGCAUGGGAGGAAGUUACAAUAUGCUGCUGGCACUGGCGGCAGAGGAACGGGCGGUGGCCAACUAGCUGGCAAUGGCGGCGGGGGAUCAAACACCCCUUACACGCCGGGAGGCGCAGGUGCCAUACCCGCUUAUGGCGCUGGUGGGGGUGCCAAUAUCCACCGCAACAACAACCAUCACAGCGCAGGAAGCUGUAUCCAUAGUUGCAGAAGAUAUCCAGCCCUUUCAGCAAUUCUCUUGGCUUACCUUCUGAUAAAUACCUACGUGUUUGUGUAUUGAGCUAGCAUUGAUACAGAGAAAUCUAGAACCUUUGCAUUGUGAAAUUUCUCUAGUUUUAGCUUUCGUUUCUUUCAUAGGCUGAAUAUUAAGCCUGGUUUUUAGUUUCCCGUUCAUGUUUGGUGUGUAGAAGUUGCAUUUGUCAGAAUAAAGUGACCGUUUAUAAUUUUACCUC